AUGAUCCAUGCGGUGCUCAUCUUCAACACUUCCGGCGUCCCGCGUCUCACCAAGUUCUACUCCCCCCUUCACAGCUCUGCACAGCCGCUGAUACAGAAGAUAUAUGCGCUCGUAUCGCCCCGCCCUUCAGGUCUCUGCAACUUCCUUGACGCGCCGGAGCUUGAUGGCUUCCUGAAGGGCGAGAAGGACGGUGACAGACUGAGGGUCGUCUACCGGAGCUACGCCACGUUGUACUUCGUGUUCGUGGUCGACAGCGCUGAGAGCGAGUUGGGGAUCUUGGACUUGAUUCAAGUCUUCGUGGAGACGCUCGACCGUUCGUUUGAGAACGUAUGCGAGCUAGAUCUCGUGUUUCACUUUGAUGAGGUCCACCAUAUUCUCGCCGAAGUAAUACAAGGAGGACUUGUCCUAGAGACGAAUGUAGAAGAGAUUGACCGCGCAGUACGUGACGCCGCGAGAGCACGCAAAGAAUCGUUUGCAUCUGCGAACCCCCUGUCGCUUGGAGGCGGGAAUGUUGGCUCGCGCGGUGGUGGCUUACAGACACCUUUGGGUUGGCUGACAGAGAGGCUGACCGGGGUAGGGGCAAGAUAA